UCGAUAUUAAUGCAAAAUAGAAAUAUAAGACGUUAUAAGCGUUAUUACACUAUAGAAUCGAUACAUAUUAAAUUUUAAAUUAAAUCCUAUAUACAAUUGACAAUGUUUUAGGUCAUGUCGUUUUGUGCUAAAAAUAUAUUACUAUUGGAGAACUCAUAAAUAAAACAUGCAACAAAAUUCCGCAUAAGCAUAAACGAAAUAUAAAUAUUUUUGAUCUCUAAUUUAAUUUCAAAAUGCGUGUUACUACUCGUCUUUUUUCUUCUGUAGUACAAAAACGACCUUUCUUUAUUACAACGCCGAUAUUUUAUGUGAAUGCCGCUCCACAUUUGGGUCACUUAUACACUGCAGUGGUGGCAGAUGCUAUACAGAGAUUUGAGAAGCUGGUGAACCCUGACUGCCGAGUUAUAUUUAGCACAGGUACAGAUGAGCAUGGCACCAAGGUGCAGCAAGCAGCAGCCAAGGCCAACCUGACCCCGGCGGAGUACUGCAAUAAUGUGUCAAAAGAAUACAGGGAACUGUUCACACAGUUUGAGGUGGACUAUACGGACUAUAUACGCACAACUGAGGACAGACACAAGAAGGCUGUUAGACAUUUUUGGAGGAGAUUAGUAAAACAAGAUUAUAUCUACAAAGCUAAAUACUCUGGUUGGUACAGUGUGAACGAUGAAGCAUUUGUGCCAGAAACACAUACUAAAGACGAGGUUACAAAAGAUGGUAAGGUCAAAGUAUCAAUAGAGUCAGGACAUAGAGUUGAAUGGACCGAGGAGACAAACUACAUGUUCAGGCUGAGUGCCUUCAAAACGCAUUUACAAGAAUGGCUUAAGACAGAUGGAAUAAUCCAGCCAGCGAAGUUUCAGAAGCAACUGCAAGACUUCCUCGCACACGACGUAUACCUCCCCGAUAUAUCUGUCAGCCGGCCUGCCUCCAGGGUGCAUUGGGCUAUAAGGGUGCCGGAUGACGAGGAGCAGAGCAUCUAUGUGUGGCUCGACGCGCUCAUCAACUACCUGACGGUGACCGGCUACCCUGAUGAGGAGCUGCUGAAGAGUCGCCGCGCCUGGCCGCCCGACGUGCACGUUGUCGGGAAGGACAUACUCAAGUUCCACGGCAUCUACUGGCCAGCCUUCCUCAUGGCAGCGCGCUGGCACCCCCCGCGGAGUAUCGUCUGCCACUCGCACUGGACGGUGGACGGCACCAAGAUGUCCAAGUCCCUGGGCAACGUGGUCGCGCCGAGCACCGUGCCCGCUACUGGUGCGCUGCGGUACCUGCUGCUCAGGGAGCCCACCAUGGUAGACGACGCCAACUACAGCGAGACGAAGUUGAUAAACAUCGCGAACUCGGAGCUAGCGGAUACUUUGGGCAACCUAGCUUCGCGCGCCACCGGCGCCGCUCUCAACCCGCGCGGAGAGUUCCCGGCGCUGCAUCCGCACGAGCUCACCCAGUGCAUGGACAAGCACGUCACCGCCGACUUGCUGCACCGACUCGACAGACUGCCCGACAUCUGCCACAAACACUACAGAAGUUAUCAAUUCUACAAAGUUGUAGACUCUGUGGUACAUGUCUUGCAUUUAGCGAAUCUGUUCUUCGAGACCAUGAAACCGUGGGAGUUGAGGAAGAAACCGGAAUGCCAGAAGGAGUUAGACGUAAUACUGCAUAUAACAUUGGAGACUUUAAGAAUAACAUCAAUAAUAUUACAGCCAAUUAUACCGAGUAUGGCUAGUAAAUUAUUGGAUAAAUUACAAAUACCAGAUGAUUCGCGAUCCUGGCAACACUGCGAGAAACCAUCAUGGAGGAUCGAGGGCGCUAUUUUUGAAACCAAAAAUAUCCAACACGGAAAAUUUGUGCUCUUCCAAAGGAUAUAUGCGGAUAAAAAGAAAAUGCAGAAGAAAACUGCUAGCGGGUAGAUAUAAUUGGGAAAAAGCCCUACUCGAUGUGUUUUGUUUACCAACAAAUAAAUUCUAUAAGACUUCGGCCGUGGCUAGUUACUACCCUACCGGCAAAGACGUACCGCCAAGCGAUUUAGCGUUCAGGAGAGUGGAUUUUUAUCCUCCUGCUAAGAAGUAAGCCCGCUUCUAUAUAAUAUUGCAUCAUCACUUACCAUCAGGUGAGAUUGUAAUGAAGGUAGAAAACGCAUGUCAUUUCAUAACUUAUUUAUUUUAAAUAAUCUAUUUUUGUUUAUAAAAUGUUAUUCAAUAUAUAUCAAAUAUAGCCGGAAUCCGUGGCAUAUGUGAUUACUAUCCAGUUAAUUUUCCGUGAGUAGCUACAUUAUGAUGAGAUGUCCUACAAAUUGCGUGGUACAUCGUCUCGUUCUGACGAUCAGAAAUUUUUAUUACCUGGUAACCCAGUUAGCUACCAAAAUCAAGAAUGUUUUGUAGAUAAAAAGUCGAGCGUCUCAUCAACAAGAUGUUUACUCACGGAAAAUUAACUUAAUAGUAAUCACUUGAUUUUCACACACGGAUCCCGAAUAUCUUUUUAUUCAGAGCUUAUCAAUCGAAUUUAUUUUCAUUAAAUUAAGAACAAUAUAAUUAUAAUAAUUAUUAAUUUAUUAGCAUUGACCUCUUAUAAUAAAAGGACGUCAAUCAUGUGAAAAAUUUCACUUGAAAACUGGUGCUUUGACCUUGGAUUUUGAGUUUUAGAAUUAUUGGUAAAGAAAAUUUUACAUAAAGGCCUUUAAAUAUAGUCCAAAAUUCAACCUUAAGGAUUAAGUUUAAGGUUGAAUUUGCAAAUGCGACUACUUGAAUUGAGUGCCAAGAAGUUGUGUUUGGCUCUCAUUGAGUGGGGACGUUUUUUGGUCGCUGAUUGUGCGUCCACUUUUUAAUAGGUGAUCGAUGUUUAUUAGGUGUGAAAUGGCUAGCAAUUUGUACCCUCAUUUUUAAUUUGUGUGUUGGUUAACAGUUAUUAAAUGGGUAGAAGUAAUGCUCGCUGCACACGUAACGUGUUUUAUCUCGGACUGGAUGACACUUUUAUUUAAAUCAAAAUUAAAAUACACACGAAAGUCCUAACACUAUACCGUGUGUAGCGAUCUUAAAUUAAGAAGCAUUUAAGCCGGUUACCCAAGAGACUAUGAAAUAGUUUUGCUUUUCAAUAAAGGGGAAUGCCCACCAGCCAAUACAACGUCGUCAAUACUCCCUUUUAAAAGUAUAAGGAAUAAUGAUCUGGUUAAAUAAUUGGUUUAAAAAAGUAUGUUUCUUGAUAAAAAAAAAACAUUUUUUUAACACUCUUCAUGCUGAUAAAGUUAGCCAGUUUACCAAAGUGGCCAAGUAACAUUUGAAACUGUAUUAUUUUUUCUGUUACAAACAAAAAAACGAACAAACAAACCAACCAUAAGUCUUUAAAAAAUGUAAAAAUCAGGUUACCCCGUUGGGGACAAUUUAAAAUUGGAAUUUUUUAAUUUAAAGUAGAAUUAUCAAGAUUUUUUUUUUGUAAAUUACUGGGUGGUUAGGUUAGGCCUGUAUAGGGCCAGGGCAUUCCUUUUUCCCAAAUAGUCUGAAGUUGAAAAAUUUAUGGUGUUUACACACUCUGUACUUAAAAUAUAAGACGUGUGUGGCCGGCCUAAAUGGAUCUUAGUUUUUUUAGAAAAAGAAAAUGUAAAUAAUAAAGUCUAUUUUUGAAAAUGAGAUUAUAUUAUACAUUUUAUGUUGUUUUGUGUAUACGUAUUUAUUGUAUAGUUUCUGUUAUAGGUAUAAUAAUCGGUAAGUAAUCGGUAACCGGUAAGUUGAACCAUGCGCAGUAACACAUUUUUGGGUGUUAGCGAUACGUACGGUCUAGUAACCAUAACAACACAUCAUUAGAAUAGGAUACUUGACUCGUAUGACAUGUCCCAAUUUUGUAUGGGGCUGGGCCUUUAUUCCGAGUGUCAACUAAGCAGAACAAAUUAUUUUUUUCAUUAGCUGACAACAUUAAUUAAGAAUUUUUAUCAUGGCAACAUGCUUGUAACUCACACCCUGACAGAUUGUCAGUGAAGUUCGUGUAAGGCGUUUUUAAAGCAAUUUAAGGAUUUUUUUUUCUAAUGCUUCUCUGUCUACGAUUUAAUGUUUCUUUUUAACAUGCGUCAUACUGACAUUUGACAAUAUUACAUGACAUUGACAGCUUACACCGGAUAUGAAUUCAAUUCCAGGUGUUUUUAUUGGCUGUAUUGUCUGUUUCAUUUGUAGACAAGGGAGCGAAAAAAAAAUUAUCUAAUUAAUGCGGGUUCCAAAAAUUCUGAAAAUUAUUUUCUCAACAGGAAUUUGUAUCUUCUAUCCGUAAAAAAUAUUAUCGACCUGCUUAUAAAUUAUAAAUAAUAAAGGCCCAUUUUGGGACAUGUCCUUUAAUACAAACUAUUAAUUUGGUAUAGUACAUGGAAUAAGGGUCCGAAAUAAAUAGAUAUAAAUUAAUAAAAAUUAAUGAUUUCAUAAAUAACUAAGUUUUAAAAUCAUGUAUUUUUUUAAAUUUUCCAAACGUCAAAAACGCUGUCGUCCAUUUUGUGACGUCACAAUGUGACCACCCUAUUACAUAACUCAACUCCGUUCCGUAUGCAGCGACUUUGUUAUUAUAUAUUGUGGUUUAUUUGUCUGUCCACGAGUUCCUAAUCGUCUGAUUCAGAUAAAACUUAGGAAAUAUAAUUAUUAUGGGUCUGGGUUAUAGAUUUUAAUCAAUAAUAUUAUUUAUAUCUUAUAUACUAUAACCACAGAGUAACCAGAGAGAGUCUUUACAAGCAUCGUGGUGAAGCUGGCGAAAUUCAUAAAAAAGUCACGCGUCUCAUUGGCGUCCGCAUAUCCAAACUUUUUUGUUCCGUGCGCUCUAAAUGUUUAUUCUGUGACUAUAAUUAUGUAUAUCGUCUUUGUAAUGAUUUUAAUGUUACCUCUACCUCAAAACGAAUUCAUUUAUGAAUUAGUACAACCAUUUUACAAUAGUGAAACUAAAAAAUUAUGUAAAAUGGCUGAAUUUUUUCUCAUCAUUCUUCCUGGUCUUCCUUUUGCUCCAUGGGAAACGGUAUAUUCUUGUAAUAGGGAUGAUGACAGUUUUUUAAAUAGUGUAUAAAUUAGGAGUAAGCUAAUUGUAAAGCUGCCGCGGAUCCCUGAAAAACGCUCCAUAAACAAAAUGGUACGAUUUAAUGACAUAAUGAUCGUUAGAUUUGUAUGGGCGUUCAAACAAAAUUACUAAUAUCUUUGUUUUUAGUGCGUUUAUGCUUAUAGUUCAUAUAUUGAAAAAUGUCACAUUUAAUGUAAGGAAGCUAAAACUAUGAAUUUUAAUAACGACGAUUAAAGAUUUUUAAUAGAUUUUGAAAUUUUAUAAUCUUAUUUAUUUUGCAAAUAUCCAGUCAAUCUUUACUUUUUAUGUAUAAAUUAGUUAACAUUGACCUUAUUUAUCCGAAUGUAUCAUAAAAAUCGACAUAUUCAAACCUAGUCAUCAUCCCCAUGAUCGUACCACAUAUGUACUUACCUUGAAAAGUAUAGUCACCCUAUCGCCUACUUUUAUUAGUGGACAUGUACUGAGGUGAAGCGAUUCCGUAAUAUCCGUUUAGUGGGCGUUGCGCUUUAGUUUCGUACAAAAAAUACUGGACGUUUCCUUUCCGAGUUGAUGUGUGCUAUGACCUUUAUGUAAUCUUAUGUCGUGACUAUGUAAGGUGCAUUUCUUGUUAAGUGUUGUGUUAUAGACUGAUUUAUCGUAUGAUCACAAUAUUUAUGACUUUCGUUGAAUAAAUGAGUUAAAUAUA